AUGACCCAGUACUGGAAUAACGCUCAUUUCGCCGCCAGCCCAAAGAACGUCCCGUAUACUCUGCCGAAGCCGUCCACCUUCGGAGCCAAGCACAGCGGCCAAGAGAGUCGCUCGUUUACUUCGUCCCACAGCUUCUUCGACUUCACUGAUGCUUGGCGGGAGAGGAUUCGUCAAUCCGAUCGACGCCCCGAUGACGUCGUCCGGACGAACAGCCAACUCGAGGUGAGCGACAUCAGCCGCUUUCUGCAGAACCCGACCGGGCCUACCAAUGCUUGGCCCGUAGCUAGUCAGGGCUUCAGCACUCGCCGCUCUUGGUUGGAUGGUAACGAUAUUUUCUCCUCCUCGUCUCCUACUUCGGAGGUGAGCGACCCGAGCAACACCCGCGCUUCACAGUCGAUCAGCCCUCGUACCAGUAUCGGAUCUCAAGACUGGGAGUUCUGCCCGACCUGGAGCCUCAACAACGCUGCCAAGGACUUCGUCCCCACCAAAAAAGCUGAGACCGCGGGCGAGUGCUUCAGCUUCUCGUCUCAGAGUCAGGCCAUGUCCAACAACCCGUUCGUACUGGGCAGUGGAUCUUACCCUACACCUCAGUCGACCUACGCUGCUCAUCAGCAGCGCACCGACUUCAAUGCAUUCAGACAUACUCAAGCCGUGUCACCUCCUCGCGCUUUGACUUCGUACAACAAGCCUUACAUCAACAGCCAGGGUUUUGAGUCACAGCCAGCACCUCAGGCUCCCAUCGGAAGUCGAGCCCCUCGCUUGAUCUCGAGCAACCCUUUUCCAACCGCGUAUACUCCUACGUUCGGAUCGAGCUGUGUGCAGCACUCGCAAGUCCAGUCCGAACAGCGCUGGCAGAUCGAUAGCCAGCCGCGUCCGUCCUUCUUUCCGGUCCCAUCGCCUCCCGCUCCUGCUCCCGUCCUCGGAAGUUGGAACGCCCCUCGUGCCGUCGUUGCCCCUCCCCGCCUUGACGCCGGCCACGGACACUGGAAUGGCUCGAGUGGCACGACGCAUGAGCCUCGAGGUCCCUCUCCAUUCAACCACAAGACCGAGCUGUACAAGACCGAGCUUUGCCGCAACUGGGAGGAGAAGGGAUUCUGCUACUAUGGAGAUCGCUGCCAGUUUGCCCACGGAGAACACGACCUCCGUCCCAUCCAGCGCGAUCCUCGUUGGAAGACGAGGCAGUGCAAGGCGUUCAAGGAGUACGCAGCGCUUUGGCGAACAUACAACCCAUGGUUCUUGUCGCUAAGACUCUUUCCCUCCUUCCGCUUGUCGUGUGCUGCCAGGAACGGCUCGUGCCAUUUCGCUAAGCGAUGCUGCUUCCGCCACGACCAGGGCACACAGGUCGCUUCUGCGGCAUCCGCCAAUCUGCCCCGCCGCAGCUGUCUCCUGCACCGAGUGGGCGUCAAGACGGCCUUCAACCGCUGGUCCUGA